UGGACUCUGACACCAACUGCACAGUGCACUGACACUGAGCUGCUGCACACUCUUAAGAAGUAGCAGAUCUGAGGAAGUCUUGUCUACCACUGCUUCACAUAUUGAGAGUCAACGUGGGAAUUGUGGACCUGCUGCAUCCAUCACCUUUGACAACUUUCUUCCACUUUCAAAGGAGGAGAAAAAUGUCUAGAUAGACUUUUCUAAGACUAUCCAAGCCCACCCCGAGCAACUGAGACAGAUUAGUUCUCUGGGAGUUCUCCCAGCGUGUGGUCCAGCAUGGUUCUGUGUGAGGAUGGAGAGUGCAGCGUCUGCCUGCUUCCCUACUCCCGCAUGGACAGGAUCCCCCGGGUGCUGCACUGCCGGCACGCCUUCUGCUCACCGUGCCUGGACACCAUGUCUCGGGCCAGGAGCGGCCUGCUCACCGUGACCUGUCCCCUCUGCCGCCGCGUGACCUGCGUAGGCCGAGACCUGAGCCUGCAGGAGGCCCUGUGGGUGGACACCAAGCUGUGGGAGCAGAUACCAGAGGACGCGGAUGCAGAGACGGAGGAGGAGGAGGACGAGGACCAGGGGGAUGAACAGAGACGACAAGCUCAGGAGGAGAGGACGGAGGCCAAACAUGAGACCCCAUUACAAGCAGAAUGGUCUCCCAGGAAGAAACUGAAGCUGCCAGCGUUCCUCAAGAAGUUCAGUUUGACCAAGCAGCACCAGGAGAGCAUCAUCCCCGGCAGCAGCGUGGAGAUGAAAUCCUGGCGCAGACUGUCGCCUGAUGAGACUUUUUAAAGAGGCCAGAGGGAGUAUAGUCCUGGAACGACGUGACAAAUCACAGCUUUUUUCUUCCGUGGAGGAGGAAAGUUGAGUGUGCUGGAAACUGAGGAUCCAUUUGCGCUCCUGUCCUGAUAUUGUUCUGUUCUCUGCCAAAGGUUCCCCGUUGCCUCAUUAUUUGUUCUAGGAUUAAUUCUCCCAAACCGGUGCUGUGGGAUUUAGUUCAGCUGCCCCAGUGGGACCAACACCCCUGAACAGAUGGUCUCCUCUCCAUCACAACUGUGCUUAACACUUACUGUUUUCUUUUAUUUAUGAUAGCUAGCUGAUAAAGUAUUUAAUAAAACUAUUUUUUAAUUAUU